CGAGCUGGUCCCUGGCGGACUCCACCCGAGUCUUCGGGCCAUUGGCCAAGACUUCAACUCCCGGCCGCGAAAUGAAGGAUGGAUCGGCAGGGUCGAUGCCUCAUGGGGCGGAGUGGUCUGGCCUCACUCUCCUUUAUAUCAGUACGCUGGUCACUCUUAUCCUCCCUAGUCACUUUUCCAUAGACAAUUUUAGCUUCUCAGCAGUCUCUCUUUUACUGUAGUUGCAUUACAUCCAGCCAAUGCUUGGAUAGUCGUUCGUUGUUACGUUCUUUUGUUGCCUUUCUCAUAUCUGAUUCUCAUAUGCUUGUUGCUUGACCUCUGAGAGCUCGAUAGCAUCAUGUUGUUCGCUCAUUUUGCUUUCCUCGUCUCAUUCCUGGUCUUUGGAGGCCUCAGCGUAGCUACACAGACCCCGCCAUGUUUGGUGUCUGCCACGAGGUCUCAAUCGGAUUCUGAUAACCUCCAAGAUAUUUGUGCGACGAACGUAGGCAAGGUUUGGGCCAAGAUCGUGGAGUUUUGCGGGGACGAGAGACAAUUGGCUCUGGAGCAGUUAAAAGACACCUGUACAUCUGCAGGCUACACAAUUGCAUACCUACCAACAACCUCGUCCGGCAUCGCAUCCCAUUCCACCGCUCUUUUCAGCCCGACCAAGCCUAGCUCCGUCAUAGCUAGUUCAACCGGCAUCUCCACUUCGAGCUCUGUCCCCGAUGCCAGCUCUAGUGCUUGUCCCAGCACUCAUCCUAAUGAGACCAUUUCGUUGGGAUCGGCUGACCGUGGCGCGUCUGCUGCUGCGUUUGCGGCCGUUGUUUUUGUCGGAUUUGCGGCGACGUUAUAG